CAAACCAUUAGAGAGUCUUCUUCCUCCCACCACUUCGCUUCCACUACAAGAACAACCUCCUCAUCCUAUUCUCCAUCCACCAUCUUCUCCCAAAAAAAAAAAAAAAAAAAAAAAAAAACCCUAGAAACUCAAUCUCCUCUUCAUUCUUCCUUCUUCCCCCAUGAAAUCAAAGCUCUCCUACUUGUUCAGAAAAAUGACUUGGUCCCGAAUCCAAAACAGCCUGCAUAUAAAGCUCCUUCUCCUCACCCUCCUCCUCCUCUUCCUCUUCUUACUACUCCUCCGUCCCAACCCCUCCUCAUCCCAAUCGCCAACCCUCACCGCCGCCUCCACCGCCUCAUGUUCUACCAAGAUCCCCGAAACAUUAGCGGAGACGAUCAUCCACUACGCAACCUCAAACACCACCCCGCAACAGACCCGCGCGGAGAUCUCCGUCGCCGCUGGAGUUCUCCAACAUCGCUCCCCCUGCAGAUUCCUCGUCUUUGGCCUCGGCCUCGACAGCCCUAUGUGGGCCGGACUCAACCAUGGCGGUCGCACCAUCUUCCUCGAAGAAGACGAAUCAUGGAUCGCUAAGGUUCGCGCUCGAUUCCCCUCUCUGGAGGCCUACCAUGUCCGAUACGAUACCAGAGUCCGCGACGCCGACGAUCUGAUGGAGAUCGGGAGGAGGCCGGAGUGCUCCUCGUCGGCGGCGGAGAAGAAGGGGUUGAGGGAUUCGGCGUGCCGGCUGGCGUUGAAGGGAUUGCCAGAUGUGUUUUAUGAAGGGGAUUGGGAUCUGAUAAUGGUGGAUGCGCCGACGGGUUGGAUUCCGGAGGCGCCGGGGAGGAUGGGGGCGAUUUAUACGGCGGGGAUGGCGGCGAGGGGGAGGAAUGGGGAUGGGGAAACCGAUAUUUUUGUUCAUGAUGUGGAUCGGAAGGUGGAAGAUGAGUUUUCAAAGCAGUUUUUGUGCGAAGGUUAUCUCGUGGAGCAGGUGGGAAGGCUUCGCCAUUUUCGUCUUCCAAGCUACAGGAAGAAGGAGAUGCCUUUUUGCCCUUCUGUUAUGUAAGCUUGCUUUGAUUGAGCUUAUAUUA